UCUGUGCAAUAUAGUAUUGUAGUACUUCCAUACACUAAAAAAAUAAUUUUUUUUGCUAUUUUUUGCUUCUGUUCCAAUGUAGAAACUUUUUAUAGUUACUUGCAAACAUAGCAUCUAUAUGUUGUGCAGCGCUAAAAAACACAAACUGGCUGAUUUUGGGAUCACUUUUUUCCUAAUUGUUCAUGUCAUGUGUUUGUAUUGUACUGAUUAGACUGUUGACACAGUAUGGAAAAAGUAUCAAAAUACAGUGCUGACAAAAAUCAUUGAAACAUUUGAGUGUGGCUGUAGAUGGGAAUACAAAUUUUGACACAGACAGCUUUUAGCAGCAGUGAAGCAUUAUAGGUUGUAUAAUUUUAAAAAUGGGUUUAAAAUUUUUGUAUUCUGGAAGUAGAUAAAUGAUGCUUUGUAAAUAAGUCUUGAAAAUUUUUCUGAAGCACCAUUAUAAUGUAGCUCUAUUGCUAAUCUUGCAAAUGUUUUUAUUUCGGGAAACUGAAAAAUAUUUUGUCAUUUAAGGGGUUAACUUUGUUUUUGAUACAGGGAGUCUUCUAAGAAAUUCUUCUGGAUCAUAGCUUUAUUUCUGGGUAUUUUAUCUCUAGUUAAAGCCACACUAUUAAUAAUCGUAACUUUUCUAAUGCUAAUGCACCUACCUUGCAUAUUGUAUUAACGGGAAAAAAGAGGCUAAGUAUCCCCUCCUUUCAGAAUUCCCUCCCAUGGACUGGUUUUAGACGUGGAGGAGAGGCCUUUCGGCACUAGGAAACCAAAUUAUACGGAAGCUGAGACCAGAGUCCUUGUAGAGGAAACUCUAAACCACAAAAAUGUUCUGUUUGCCACUGAUACUCGAAGGCCAACCCCUUAUGAGCGACAAGCAUGCUGGCUGGAGAUCCGUGAAGCAGUUAAUGCUGUAAGUUCUACAAACAGAGAAGUGGAGGAACUUAAGAAGAGAUGGCGGGACCUGAAGAAAAAGACAAAAGAUCGUAUUACCAAAUUAAAGGAAGCUCCUUCUGCUGGAGACCCUAGACUUUGCAAAUGGGAGCAGAUGAUUGCAAACUUUCUGAUGGAUGAGAUCACAGAGUGUGAUUACAGCGGUUUGGAUGCUGCUGACCUUGAAGGACCUCAGAACCAUUAUUUUCAAGUGGAGACUGAAAGCAGGUUUGAGACACUUCAACUGGAUGGAAAUUCCCCGACAACAGGAAAAUCUGAGCAAAAUCAGCCCAUCAUGAUAAUUGAUGCAACGGGUGUUGUACACCACCAGGAUUUUAUGAGCAAGAGCAGUCGCAAUGAUUCCUCAGAUUUUUCCAGUUCAUUUGAACUUCCAAUGUACAGUGAUGAACCUCUGGUUAAUACAAAUGACAGCAGUAAUACAGCCCAGGGAGUGGCUUGCUGUAGUGCCUCUGUUCACUUGAAGGAAACUAGUAUUGCUCUAGAUAUGCCCUCUCAGGGACAGAGGGUGCAAGAAGUUUCAGUGCUGUCUGUAUUUAAAUCAACUUCUCCAGAGAUAGUACCCAUGCAGCAUCAAAGACCAAGUUCUGUCAUCCUAACAGCUGACCAGGACUUGUUGGAAGAGCCUUCUAGGCCAUUUGUUCACAAUAGAACAACGCAGGUGCCACAGUGUGGUGUUAGUACAUGCGAAGAGGGAACAAGCAUGAGAGAUCCUCUGUCAGAACAGCUUGGACCUAGUAUAUGGAAAACGUGUGAUGACUUGGUCCAGGAGCUACGUGAAUGGAGAGAGGAGAGGUCACAACAACAUGCAGAGUUGCUGUCGCAGAAUGCACAGCAGCUGGCUUUUCUUCGGACAUUAACCCAGCACAUGGCAGCUGCUGUUCACAACAUGGCUGAAAUUUCUGCAGCUUUUCAGAAGAUUGCAUCUGAUGUGGCAUCAGUGAUGAGAUCUGCUUCUUGUCCUCCACGCGAGGAUGCUAAUCAAUAAUGUGGUUGAGACAGGUGGUUAUGAAACAGGUAUCGCACAUGUGAAAACUAAAUAUUAAGGAUUCAAAAAUGUGUAAAUUCAAAACAGGCUUAAGGUGUAGAUAUUUUUUUUUUAAGUUAAUUUUACAUUGAAGCAGUCUUUUACUUAUCUACAUUGGUUAACCUGAUCUUGCAAGAUGAAGACACAAUCAAAUUUCAAUAUAGAAUAAUGUAGUUUCUUUAGGCUAGCCUUCAAAAUACAUUUCCAGAUUAAGUGCACUUACUACAGAGGAAUAGAAGGCAGUAUUUGUGUUAUCUGUAUAGCUACUUGGUGGUUUUGUUUUUAUCCUGGGUCGAGGGAUCCAAAAACGUUUAACCUGUUGAAGUUACAUGUGUGUGAAACUAUAUGCGUUUGUCAAAAUAGUAAUGCGUUUUCAUAAGGUCUUCAGCAGUUGCAAAGGUAAAUGAAGUUUGUGUGUGUAUGUAUGUACUGUAUGUAUGUAUGGUGUUCAUUUUAAAUUUGUGACUUAUUAUUCUUAUCCUCAUUUUAAACCAUGUAUACAUUUACUCAAUACUUAUUUUAAAAAUUGUGUUUAACACUUGCUUUAAAGUUCUUUACCUUUUGUUAAA